CCCGCUUCUGGUCGUCGACGAUGGUUGCUGGUUCGCCGGUUGCUGCCGGUUUGUUCAUCAAAUAAACCAUGCAUAUACAACGUUCUUGAUUACUGGAUUUGGGAAAUUUGAUGACAUUUCUUCCAACAAGAAUAUCCUAAUAAGAUGGAUAGGAUCAGCAAGCUUCCUGUAGGCAUAAUAGAAACUAUCUUAUGUCUGCUACCGAUUCAAGAGGCAGCAAGAACAAGCAUCCUCUCUAAGGAAUGGAGGUACCAUUGGAUCAAAAUCCCUAAACUUGUGUUUAUUGAGGAUCAGUUUCAAGUGUCAACCGAUAGGGCCGAGCUGUCUGUUUCUAACAAACCAAGUAAGUGGAGAAAAAAGGCCAAGAGAAGUAAAUUUUUCCAUGCUAUAUGCCAGGUUUUGUUAAUACACGAGGGUCCGAUCCAUGACUUCACCCUUGAGAUGCAAGUAGACAACUCGUGUGUUGAUAUUGACCACAUACUACUUCAUUUGUCGAAGAAAAAUACUGUCAAGAUGUUAAAACUUGACCUUCAUGGGAAAUAUACGUUGCCCUUGUCUCUUUUCUCGUUACGUCAACUAACGGAUCUGUAUCUCUGUGGUUGUGAUCUUGAGCAUCAACCACCAUCCACUGUAUUUGGUAGCCUUACAACCUUAAACUUGUAUGAAAUUGGAAGCAGUCAAAAAGCGCUUCUGCGUCUUUUAUCAAGUUGUCCAUUGCUAAAGAGAUUGACUAUUAUGUGUGACGGUGGAACUAUCGAUGAUAGUGGAGAUUCCACCAUUGCUGAUCUCAUUAAGUGUAUACCAGGCAUUGAGUAUCUGUCUGUUUUGUUUUUCAUCUUUUUGUUUUUUCCACUUCCGAAAGAGCUUCCAACAACAUUGGUCCACUUGAAAUACUUGCAUUUGGAAUGGGUAUGGUUUAGGCAUGAAUAUGCGGUACCUUUUUUUGUUCUUUUACUUAGAAGCGCCCCAAACCUGGAGAAACUUAAAUUAGAGAUUUCGGCCGAGGAUGACAUGUCUGAUGAAUCUUAUGUCAAAAUACACUCCUUUCAACACGAAUAUUAUUCAGAAUUUAUGUUGAAGCAUCUUAAUGAAUUGGAGAUUCUACAUUUUAGUGACGCCCUGAAUGAGUUGGAUUUUGUGAAGCUUAUACUGGCUAAGUCGCCUGUAUUAAAGAAGGCGAGGAUACUCGUGUGGGAUGAGAUUGAUAAGGAUGAGAACUUACGGAUUUCAAAUAUCCUUUUAAGCUCCCCAUGCGCAUCACCUGUGGUAAAACUCAGUGUUCGUUGAAAACCCCAUUAGUCAUAGCACUUGGUUGUUUAUGUUGAAUGUUUCUUGAAAUGAAUUGUUUUGUUUCUAUCUAAUAUGGGGUUUUGAGAGUAAUGAUCUUUUUCUACUUGAAUUUGUUAAAAAUAUAACGCUUCACGUGUCUUAAAUAA